AUGUCUCCUCCCGUUGCUUCUGGUCGUGAGAAGGAGUCCAACUUGGCCCGACUCCUCGGUUCCGGUUCUGCUGGUAUCGCUGAGCUUGCCAUCUUCCAUCCCGUCGAUACCAUUGCGAAGCGAUUGAUGAGCAACCAGUCUCGUGUCGCCAGUGCUAGCCAAUUGAACCAGGUCAUCUUCAAGGACAAGGCCAGCGCAACCGUCGGCAGGAAGUUUGUCUCCUUGUUCCCUGGUCUGGGAUACGCCGCUGGCUACAAGGUCCUCCAGCGCAUUUACAAGUACGGUGGUCAGCCUGUUGCGCGAGACUUCCUCGGUAAGCACUAUGGCGCCGACUUUGAGAAUGCCUUCGGCAAGAAGACUGGCAAGGCUAUUAUGCACUCUACUGCGGGAAGUUUGAUCGGUAUCGGCGAGAUUGUCCUCCUCCCUCUCGAUGUUCUCAAGAUCAAGCGUCAGACAAACCCCGAGGCCUUCCGCGGCCGUGGUGUUCUGAAGAUUGUGGCUGAUGAGGGCUUCGGCCUGUACCGUGGCUGGGGUUGGACUGCUGCCCGUAACGCUCCCGGUUCUUUCGCGCUGUUCGGUGGUUCUGCUUUUGCCAAGGAGUACCUCUUCCACCUCGAGGACUACAACAAGGCCAGCUGGUUCCAGAACUUCAUUGCCUCGAUUGCUGGUGCCUCUGCCUCACUUGUCGUCUCCGCUCCUCUCGAUGUCAUCAAGACCCGAAUCCAGAACCGCAACUUUGACAACCCCGAGAGUGGCUUCCGAAUCCUGGCCAACAUGGCCAAGAACGAGGGCCCUUCCAGCUUCUUCAAGGGACUGGUUCCCAAGCUCCUCAUGACUGGACCCAAGCUGGUCUUCUCCUUCUGGCUUGCCCAGACCUUGAUUCCUGCCUUUGACGCUGCUUUCCGAAAGUAG